GGAUGAUCCUACUUAUUGUACUUUGCUGACAUUCAUGAAAGGCAACCUUGAGGAAAAGAUGACUUGUCUGAACGAAAUAGUGUACAGAAUGAACGUUAGUCAGAAUCUCACUGAAUCCAGCUAAUACCCGAAUGUAACUAUAAAGUGCUUUUCAAAGCAUUUAUCUGGACCAUAGUAUAGAAAGGGUCGACAUAGUCUGAUAGUUAUAUAAAACGUUGAUUUCUUGAUUUUAAGCAGCCGUGAUUAUUUGGACAAUAAGAGAAUUUGAACACAAUGGCAGAAUCAGGGACAAAUAUCGAACUGAAAACUACCAACAAAAACGGUAACCUAAAGCCAGAAGACGAGCACAUUCCAAAAAUCAACGAUCCACUUCUCUCAAAUCCAGAAUGCGUUCUUCAACUCACAGACGACCAGGAAAACACUUAUGCUCAAAGAAUUGAGGCAUUGCAGAACAAAUGGGGAGAUUUUUUAAUGAACAAUGCAAAAUCUUUAUGGAGGAUUAUUUAUAUCAUAUUAAUACUUUUAUAUAGUGUGUAUUUUGGAUUUGCAAUUUGGUUUAGUCCGAAAGGAGCAACAUUUCUUAUUGUAGUCACUCUUUUAGUUGUAACUUCCUGGACGUAUUCCGUCAUCAGUGAUUUAUAUGGGAAAAGGAUUAGCAAGAGUUUGAAAGAUUUAACCCAACCAUGUUCGAAAAUUUCAAACAAGAAAUGGAGAUACAUUAAUUGGAUUAUCUAUGGCACAUUAUUCAUUGGUGUCGUCCUUUUUCUUGUGUUCGACACUGGACGAAAUCCUGAACAGCUGACAUCAUUUGGGGGCCUCAUGUUCUUUAUAUUUGCAUUAUAUAUCACGUCUACACGACCAGCUAAGGUGCGCGCGCGACCAGUAGUAUGGGGAUUGAUCCUUCAAUUUCUUCUCGGGCUUUUCAUACUGAGAUGGUCUGUCGGUUAUACUGUAUUUAAGUUCCUAGGGGAUCAGGUCCAGCUGUUCCUGAAUUACGCAGAUGAGGGUUCUAAGUUCGUAUUUGGGGAUCCUGGCUAUUUGAUGCACGUGGUAGCAUUUAAGAUACUUCCAGUUGUUGUUUUCUUUAGUUCCUUCAUCUCCAUUCUCUACUAUGUUGGCCUCAUGCAGAUGGUCAUCCGCAAAAUUGCCUUCCUGAUGCAAAUAACUAUGGGUACAACGGCGAUAGAGUCAUUAAGCGCUGCAGCAAACAUAUUUCUUGGACAGGUGGAGACCGCAGUGAUGCUGAAGCCGUUCAUAGGGAAACUUACAAGGUCAGAACUGCACGCAGUCAUGACAGGGGGCUUCGCAACCAUUGCUGGCACGGUGGUGGCCGCCUAUAUAGAAUUCGGUGCCCCCGCGGAACACAUCCUUUCUGCCGCCAUUAUGAGCGCCCCAGCCGCCCUAGCCAUAUCCAAACUUGGUUACCCAGAGACUGAAGACUCUCUCUUCCGUCGCCAGGAUGAUAUUCAAUUAGAUAAAGGGCCAGAAACCAAUAUUAUUGAAGCUGCAAGCAAUGGUGCGAUGAAUUCAAUCAAGCUCUGUGCAGGAGUUGUCGUGAACCUAAUAGCGUUUAUAUCCCUCCUAGCGUUCAUUAAUGCCUGUAUGGGAUACCUUGGUGGUAGAGUCGGAUACCCAGAGUUAGACUUUCAAACAAUAUGUUCGUAUCUGUUUGUUCCAUUAACACUGAUAAUGGGAGUACCCUGGGUCGAUGCAAGAAAAGUCGCCCGAUUGAUAGGAACAAAGAUCUUCCUGAAUGAGUUCUUGGCGUAUGCGGCUCUUGGGCCUAUGAUUGAUGGAGGUGAACUACAGGAGAGAUCUGCAGUGAUAGCGACUUAUGCCUUGUGUGGCUUUGGAAGUGUGGCCGCCCUUGGUAUCAACCUCGCUGCACUCGCAUUGCAGGCUCCAGAGAGAAAAGGGGUGAUUGCAAAGAAUAUGAUUCGAGCCAUGAUCUCUGGCAACAUAGCUUGUUUCAUGACCGCUUGUAUUGCAGGUAUAUUGUAUCAGGGACAAUCAUUCACCGACUUGUCUGUUGCUAACACCACAAGUACCUCAACUACCGUGAUGACUGUACAUUGAGUCCAAAACGAGGCAAUCAUGACGACGUUCUCCUAGAAAAUAAUGUAAAAUAACAAUACAAAAUACAAUGUAGGCUUACUUCAUACACGUGGACGCUCAAAUGGAAAGCAAUACUGUUUAGCACGAGUUGUACCUAAAUGAUGGAAUAGACUAGAACCACAAUACACACAUCUAUGCUAUGUAUUGAAAUGCUAUGAGUCUUUAUUUAUUUAACAUAUGACUAUUAUCACACAUUCUUUUUUUAACACGUCGUGCAACCGGAAGU